AUGGCACUCGCAGACAGACUCGCCGAGACUUAUUGUCUGACGCAAGUCUAUGUCGACCCUCUUCGGCAAUCCAGGCCUCUCGUCGUAGCCAGGGCGACAGGAAACAUUGACAACACCCAUGCAGCUGUGUGCAGCAAUGUCUUAUUCAGACAAGGCAGGCCGACCUUGUUCUACACCACACAGGGAAGCCGAUUGACGCUACAAGCAAUUGAUGCGAAUUGGCCGGCCUCGGUGUUUGACUUUGGCGAUGGUAUUAGAAAUGCAGGUCUACACGACGACAAUGGCAAUGUCAUUGUGCAUCUCUUCACGACGAGUCACUUGCUAUAUACCAUGAUUUUGACGCCAGAGCAGAUUGAGGACCCAUCGAUCAAGAAGGCAGAUGGUUGGAUUGCUGAAUAUGCCGCACCGAGCUUUUCCAUUCGGAGUCCACUCUUCAUGAAAUCCAUCAGUCCCACCAGUGUCCUAUUCUCCCUUGAAGAUGGCGGACUCUUGCGACUCUCCAACAAUGGACGUUCCUACAACGAGCAUCUCUUUAGUGAUUCAAGUUUCUUCAAGUCCUUCAAGAGUAUCCUGCCCUGGUCAGGUCGGCCAGCAAAUCUCAUCAUUGCCAUGCAAGCAUCGCCUAGCAAAUCACUUCUCUUCACUCUGAGUGUCGACGCGAAAUUGCGGAUUUGGCAGCUACAGACCGGGCAACUCAUUACCAUGCAUGAUGUAUCCGGUGCAGAAGCUUCAGCCUCAGCAUACCUGCUCGACCCGGUUCCCAUCAAUCUGUUGGCUUUACACGAGGAUGAAGCCUCAUUCAUGGUCGUCACCUAUUGUCCUCAUCAGCCAGGCCUAUUCAAAGUCUUUAAGGGCGAGACGGGCUUACAAGAGGUCUUUCAAUUUCGUGAAGAAAUGCCACGCAAUGGUCUAUGGCGUGUCUUUGAUCUAGCACUGACACACAUCUCGGCAGAUCAAAUGCUGCUGCAUGUCCUUUGGAAGUCAGAUACCCUUACCCUCGUUCAAGUCGGUGUGGUGAGUUUAUCAACAAAGACAGUGGGUUGGUCUUUUGCUGCUGCACCGCCCUUUCAGCGUCCUGCGGAAGCCACUGACAAAUUGCUUGAACGUUGGAUUUUUCAGCCUUCUCGACUCCCAAUCUCAACACUCAAAAGGGCCCUGGCUGCGUCCACCUCGCAAGAUGUGUCUCUGGAGCACAUCACAAACUUAGCACAAGCGCAACAAGCAGCACGCGAACUGCUAUGCAAUUCAACCCCCCUUGAAAUCGACGAAGACACCGGUGCAGAACUAAUAGAGAAGCAAGAAGAAGCCAUUCGGCUACAAUACCUCAGUCUUGCACAGAUUUGUUUGGAGCUAGAUCGUCUCGGUAGCGAGCCGCAUGCUCUCUGUCGUGCUGAGUCUGGCGAGAUUCUUGUCGCUCAAUCAGAUCGUGUUUCGAUUGUGCGACAGGCGAAUCCACUUGAACGGCUCGUCGAGGUAGCGCGGAUACACAGCGACUUACCGGACAUCCGCACAACUUGUCUAGGUCUCUGCAGACUUCUUGGCGAAGUUCAAACGCCGGAUGUGGUUGAAUCUCUGCACACGGCACUGCGUCGUUAUGCGUUCGCAGACCGUACAUUGAGUGCCGAUGAUUUCAUGUUUGUUUGCUUUGAGGAAAGCGUCGAGCAGAGUCUCCCGAGACCUGUUGUUUUGGCUAUGCAAGAAGCGCCACUUAAGACACACGAUUUAUUGUCUUUGCUCAACGACAUGUUGCCCUUGUUCGUUCUCAAGCUGCGCAGUAGUGUUGUCCCGCAGGGUGUUACAGGCUUCGCGGGCUAUGUUGCAGGUCAGCGAGACAUGGCAAUCAAUACACAGCAGACACUUGUUCAGCUCGUGGCGAUCUUGCAGUACUAUGCCUGUCAUGCCACCGAAGCAGACGUCUUUCGUGGCGCUCACCUGUUUGUUAAAUACCUGGAAGCGUAUAAACGGACAACACUGGUUGUGGAAGCUUGUACGUCCAUGUUACAAACAACCGGUACCGAUCAGACAGUCUUUGCGGGACUCGCGGAAGCACACAAGGGUGUGGUGCCCUAUCGUGAUUUGCUUGAACGCAUCUUGGUGUUUCUCGUCAGUAGCAAUGAGGGUCAAUGGGCGGUCACAUUCUCAGAUUAUGCGGGAGCUUCUGCAUUCUGCGGUUACCUGGGUGCGCGCGGCAAGCUCCUCCUCGAUCAAGCAGAAGACGCUGCCAAAAUCUUUGCAAGACUGGGAUAUCCUCUCGUCGCAGGAUCUCCUGCAGCAGCUGAAACCAAGCUCUCUGAGAGACUGGAUCGUCGCACACUUGUGGAUUAUCACUUGCAUAUUGCACGACUGUUCAGUGCGCGCCAUUGCUACGCCCAAGCGCUACGAUUCUGUUCGGAAGCUGAAUUGGCGUUACGCUUGGCUCCAAAUGAUGCACAGCACAAGGCCGUUGCGAAGGCCAAGUUCCAGGCAGGCCUGUCUGCUAGCCAAUUCGAUGAAGCAUAUCUAUGCCUGCCCACGCUCAUGACUGCACAACAAGUGGAUCCGUUGCGACAAUUCCUCACAAGGCUAUGUGAGUCUGAACAAGCCAACAAAUUGCUACAAUACCCCUUCAUUGGCCUUCUCGAGGAAGUCGAUGAUUUGCUUCAAGAAAAAGCCGAUGCCAUGCUUGCGACACAAACGACACCCGCGUAUCAUCGUAUUCUGUACAGCUGGCGUGUUCAGCAUUGCAAUUUCCGUGGAGCUGCAUGUGCGCUUUAUAGGCGGCUGCAGGUGCUUCAGGCGCAUGGUCGACAUGCUGCAUUUGAUGUCUCUAUGCAUUUGGACUUGACAGAGGGCUAUCUUACGAUUCUCAAUGCACUCAGGUGUAUGGAGCCUGAUGAACAAUGGCUGAUUGUUGGUUCUCUGGAGUCUGGCACGCAUGGCGAUGCGCCGUCGCCGCCAAAACGUAAAAAGCAAGAUGGGGAUGCAGGUAUCUCGGGACAGGUGAAGCGCAAGUUACUCAGUUUGCAGGAUGUCAGGGAGGAGUACAAGGCAGAGUUGCACAACAUGAAAGUACAACUCAAUCAGCUCUCGGGUCUGGCCUAG